UCGUUUAACAUUUGAUCGAGAUAUCUCGAAAUAACAUGAUCGAAUGUAUAAGAUGGCGGCCCAUUGCUAAGUUCAUGUGUGUGUGUAAUUAUUUUGUGCAGUGAUUCUAUAAUUUUUUCUUACCAACAAUUUAUAAGUCAUAAUUAUGGGCACAUCAGAUUUAGAAUGUAUAGAGUCUAAAAGAGACAUGGUUACUAUAGAUUCUGAAUCCGAUAUGUUAAUUGACCAAAGAAAGAAAAAGAAAAGAAAACAUAAACACCAUAAACAUAAGAAAGAUAAAUUAAUUGAAAGAGAAGAUGGCAGAAUAGAACGUCAAGAAAAGAAAAGACAUAAAAAACAUAAACGUCCUAAGAAAGAAAGGGAAACUGAAAAUGGAUCAAUGAAUGAUAAAACAUCACGUGUAAUUCAAAAAGAUUUAGGUAUAAAUGGCAAAGUAAAGAGUUCUUUAUUAGAAGUGGUUUCCACUGAAGAAAGUGAAGAUGAGAAAUUAGUAGAUUUAGAUUCAGAUGAGGUAGAUUGUACAAUUAUUGAAGAUGAUAUUGAUCUUGAAGAAUUAAUGAAACAAAAGGAGAGGUUACAAGCAUGUUUAGUUCAAUAUCUUUCAGAUGAAUCUGAAAAAGAAGAUAAAGAACCAGAUCAAGAUGAAAUAAAAACCACUGAAACACCUGAUGUUAUACUUGUAGAAGAUGAUAGUGAAAAUGACAACAUACCUCCCAAAAAACGAGCUAGGAGUAAGUCUGGUAGUAGAGAACGUAAAAAAAUAGCAAAACCCGAAAGACGUGUAAUAGUAGAUAUGACUAGAGAUCGUAAGAAUCGAGAAGAACAUAAAGAUAAACGAAGAGAAUUAGAAAGGAGAAAGGAGGAAAAAAUUCGUACUAAAGAGGAAAAUAGAAGAGAUGAUAAUAGAAAAGAUGAUAGACAAAUACGGACCAAACCAAAUGAUAGACACAGAGAAGAUUCCCGAAAGGAAGAUAGUAAAAGGCGAUUAGAAGAUGAUAAACGUAGAGAUUCUAUUAAAAAAGAUGAAUCACGUAAAAAAGAACAAGAUAAAAGAGAAGAAGAACGAAGACGAGAUUCAGAUCAUCAUAAUUCCAGAUCCCGUAAUGAAUGUAAAUCAUUAGAUAAAACUGAAAAAUCUCGACGCGAGAGUCGCGAUAGAUUAGAAAAUAGAGAACGACAAAAUAGUCGAGAUCGACAUAUAAGUCGUGAUAGACAUAUUAGUCGAGAUCGUCAUAUUAGUCGAGACCGACAUAUUAGUCGAGAUAGACAUACUAGUCGAGAUCGUCAUACCAGUAAAGAUCGACCAACUAGUCGUGAUCGUCGUAGUCGAGAUAGACCUGCCAGCAGAGAUCGACAUAGUCGUGAUAAAAGAGAUAGCAAAGAGCAUUAUACUGAUCGCGAUAGAAUUAGAGAUAGUAGAAAUAGUCGUGAUCAUAAUGAUAUACGAGAUCGGCGAGAUAGUCGAAAUCAUGACAGAAUUAGGGAACGUUCAAGAAGUACAAGAAGAUCUCGCAGUCCUAUUAGGAGUAGAUUGGAUAGAGAUCGAAAUGAUCGAUACAAACGAUCUAGAUCACUUUCUCGAAAUAGAAGAGAUAGAGAUAAACAUAGAGAUAGAGAUCAUGAUAGAGAUAAAGAAAAAACUAAUAAAAGAGAACGUAAUGAUAAAUUUAAAGAUUCUUUAUCAGAAGGACUUAAAGUAGAACAUUCAGAAACAUCGAGUGAAGAGGAUAUCAAAGAUAUUGAUAUUGAAGAAGAGGAAGAUGAAGAAAUUAUUAUUGAACGUAGAAGAAAACAAAGAGAGGAACUUCUAAAGAGGUUAGGUGGUCCAAACGAAGAUUCAAAUAUGUCUGCUGAUAUUAAUAUUGUUCCUGCAACUCCACCUUCUGAAAGUCAAUCAAACAUAUCACAGAAAUCGAUAGAAGUUCCAUCUAAUAAUAACGAAUCUACUUCAGAAAGUCAUACUCCACCAUUGCCCGAGAAACCAAAAUCACCACAAAUUAAGAAAAGAAAAUCUAGAUUUGAAGAUGUUUUACCAGAAGAAAUUGAUAAAAAUGAAGAUAUAAAACCAACAGAAAAAAUUAAACAAGAAGAAAAACAAAAUUCGAAAAAAUCGAAUGAGUGGGACAUGUUUGCUGAGGCAGAUAAUAUCGGUGAUUUUAAUAGUCCUACAGUUGAAGGAAAACGACAAGGUGGACCAGAUAAUCCAAGUUUAACAGAUAAUUGGGAUGAUGCAGAAGGAUACUAUCGAGUACGUGUCGGAGAAACAUUAGAUUCUCGAUAUGUUGUUUAUGGAUAUACUGGUCAAGGUGUAUUUAGUAAUGUUGUAAGAGCUAGAGACACUGCUAGGGGCAAUUUAGAUGUUGCUGUAAAAAUAAUAAGAAACAAUGAAAUAAUGCACAAAACUGGCCUUAAAGAAUUAGAAAUUCUUCGAAAACUUAAUGAUGCCGAUCCUGAAGACAGAUUUCAUUGUUUAAGAUUAUUUAGACAUUUCUUUCAUAAGAAUCAUUUAUGUAUGGUUUUUGAACCUUUAGCCAUGAAUUUAAGAGAGGUUUUAAAAAAAUAUGGAAAAGACGUUGGUUUACAUGUUAAAGCGGUAAGAUCAUAUACGCAGCAACUUUUCCUUGCACUCAAAUUAUUAAAACGUGCAAAUAUUUUACAUGCUGACAUCAAACCAGAUAAUAUUCUAGUCAGUGAAAGCAAGCUAGUACUGAAAUUAUGCGAUUUUGGGUCAGCAUCUCAUGCUCAUGAGAAUGAGAUAACACCAUACUUGGUAUCAAGAUUUUAUCGAGCACCUGAAAUUAUUCUUGGUAUACCAUAUGAUUUUGGCAUUGAUAUGUGGUCUGUGGGAUGUACCAUAUAUGAAUUAUAUACGGGAAAAAUAAUGUUCUCGGGCAAAACAAACAACCAAAUGUUGAAAUUCUUCAUGGACUUGAAAGGCAAAAUGCCUAAUAAGCUGAUUAGGAAAGGCUCAUUCAAGGAUCUACAUUUUGACUCUAACUGCAAUUUCCUAUAUCAUGAAGUUGAUAAAGUCACGGAGCGGGAAAAAGUUGUAGUUAUGUCUACUUUAUCUGCUACUCGUGAUCUAAGCGCAGAAUUAGGUGGAAAUUCUUUGCCACCAGAACAAAACCGGAAAGUUGGACAACUUAAGGAUCUUUUGGAACGAACAUUGAUGUUGGAUGCAGGAAAAAGAAUCACUGUGAAUCAUGCCCUGGCACAUCCAUUUAUACAAGAAAAAAUUUAGGUCAAUAGAGUGCAAUAUCUUUAUAUUAAUUAAAAACCACUACAUAAAAAUGGUGCAUAAAAUAUUGGAGUUCGCCAUUGAUGCAUUUAUCGACGAUUGUAAAAACAACAUGUUUGUAUUCUACAGUGUACUGUAUCAGAGAGCGUAAUGAUUUUUUCGUGUAAAUUUGUUUGAAAUGAAAACCACGAUUUGGUUUAUUUCUUUUCUUUCUUUGUGCACAGCAGUUAUAAAGUAAUAAAUCCAACACGAUGAAUACUAGAGGAAGAGGCUUGAUGAAUAUAUGCGGUAUACAAUAUUCUUCCGUGGACGAAAAUGAAAAACUGGGAAAAGUGACCGCCUCUUUCAGCAUGAACUGGCCAUCGAUACUUAGCAUAAUGGUGGUACAUAAUAUUUUUCUUUUCAUCAAUUUUUCGAAUUUUAAAGCGCGAUUUUCUUUACAAAUAACAAUUCAUAAUAAAUUAUUAUAUUACAAAUAAAUAAUGCGUUAAUUCGCGAUGAAGAAUCCUGUUUGCGAAAUUGUAAAACCUCUACGAAUUUGAUCGUAUAAAUUACGAACUUUUUAUUCUUCUGUGCCAUUGUGCAAAUCGGCAAACUUUAAUAACAAGGAAACUUGUACUGAAAAAGAAAAAACAAAUUGUAUAGUAAUUAGGUUGUUGAAAUAAAACGACGCAUGCUUAUCAGAAUGAGAAACGAGCCCUGUAUUUUAUAUUUUCAAUCUUAAUCGCGUGCUAUUUUCAUGCAAAAAAAAUAUGCACGUAUCAACAAUAUAUUAUCGUAAAUAAUAUAAUAGGAAAAAAAAUAAUUGUAAUCACUUUUUUAUCUCGUAAUGAAAUGAUAGAUAGACCACUUGUUAUUUCAGGAAAUGAUGAAAAAUAUAUUGUUAACACUUCAUCAUCAAUUGUUAGUAUUACAAAUAAUUAUUUUCAAGUCUGACAAUUUGCAUUUAUUUAAAUAUUUAUGUAAAAAAAUGUGAAUAUAUAUAUAUAUAUAUAUAUAUAUUUGCACUAAGAAAUAGAAAUAUCGAAUUGCAUUACAUAGAAUAAAAUUGUUUAAUGCUUAAUAUUAACACACAAAUAUAAAAACAUAUUUAUUUCAACAGAUUUAUAUAGUUUGCGAUUUUAGCUUUGUAAAUUUUUAUUUUUAUCCUUCAUUUUAUAUUGCAUUUUUUAUUUAUAAUUUACGACAGAACGUCAAUGCUGUUUGAAUGGUUCAUGGUAUAUGUAAUUUUUACAUGACAAUAUUGUACGAGAUUGCUUAUGUUUCAGAUAUGAGUCUUCGAAUCAAAGCAUCGAUAAGUGAGGGUGGACCUUUCGAGGGCUUUUAACGCUGAUCCCGUUGCAAGGUAUUCAUGGGGGACUGCCUUAUGGGAUAUUUAGUAUAUUUGUUAAUCAUUAAGCAAUAUAACAUUACAAAUCAAAACGUGCAUAAUUGUACCGUAAAAUAAAAUCAAUUUGUUCUAAUUAUCAUCUUUUAUGCCUUAUACUGUUUAGAAAAUCAAUUUUAUUUUACUAUAUUAUAUUUAAAUUAUAUGAUAUAAAUUAUUAAAUCGAUAUUUUAAUACAUAACUAUAAAAUUAUAUUCUUAAUAAUGAUGAAUAAUAAGUUAGAUAUUAAAAUUGAAUAAAAUAUUUUAAUUUUUUCUGAUAAUAAGAGGCAUUGAAAAAAUUUUACUAAAUUCAAAUAAUAAAAAGGGGAAACUAGAUAUUAUGGAUACAUUUCAAUACAGAAAUAAAAUGAAUACAUAAAAAACUUAAACUAAUUCAUAGUUUUCUAAUUGGCUAUUUGGUAAUGUUUCACUUGUAGCCCUCCCUGUGUGGAGGGGAGGCAAUGGAAGAGAUGAAGGAAAACUGGGCGAGAUUCUCUCGACCGCAAGCAGCUUGACAACUAUUAAAAUGAUGCCUAUCACAGAGAGGAUCACCAAAUAUGUAAUAUAGAUUUAUAUCAAAAAGAAGGUUUGUCAUGACAUUUCAUUGAAAUUAAUGAAACUGUAAGUAUUUAAAGGUAAAGUAUUUAUACACGUAUAAAAAAUGAUUCAAUUUUUGAAAAUUACCAAAAGUAUAAAUAAUAUUAAAUAAGCACAAUAAUAAUAAUAUUUACAACUUUCAGCUUUAUUAAAUUACUAAAAACGAAAUAUAAUUUCAAUGUAACAAAUAAGUUAUUUAUAAAGUAUAUAAAAUAAUAUGAAAUAAAUCACACAUUUUUAUGUCAGUUAAA